AAACUUUAAUUCACUGUUCUCAUUCUGUGAGAGUUCAGCAGAGGUACAAGAUUGCUCUGUAGUGUUCUUUGUAGGAGUAAAACUUUAAAAGUGACCUGAAUAUCUAUGAAUUGGGACUGGUUAAAUGAAUCAUGGCCUAUCUGCAUGGUAGGAAACUAAGAAGUUGUUAAAGUGACUGCAGUCUAUCUAAAGGUAUUGCUUUGGAAAGACUUCUGCCACCAUCGAUUACUUUUGCCUGUUUUUGAGCUUCAGAUCAAUUGAAUCAUACACUAUAUUCUCUUUUGUGUCUGGCCUUUACUCAACGUUACUGUGGUGAGAUUCAUCCUCUUGUGGAGCAGUAGUUGGUUUAUUCUUAUUGCUGUGUAGCCUUACUUUGUAAGAAAAUACCAGAGUUUAUUGCUCAUAGUUUGUAUUAGUCUUAUGAUCAGAAAAAAUACAUAUAGUUUAAAAGAGUAAAAUUUUGUUGAAUUACAGCUUAAAUUGGAGGUGUUUUAUAACUUGAAUUUUUUCCACAGUAUUAGCCUGCAUUUAUCUAACUUGAGAGUUAAUUUUCCUUCUAUUCAGACUGUUGUGACAGCCCUGGCUCAGGAUGGAUAAAGGGAAUUAGCACUCUCAUUAAUACACCCUUUCCAGUACUAUGAUGCCAGGGUUCAAAUCCCUACAAGAUAUAAUAUGAUCGCAUUGCAUUACGUGUAUUUUUCUAGUUGCAGAGUUUAAAUGACUCAGAACCAUAACUCACAUAAUUCUAGAAGAUGUUUUGGCUUAUAUUUCACAUACAUUUUUUUUAGGUUUAAUAUAAAAUUUAACUGCGGAAUCAAUCAUAAUCUUAGAGCUGAAAUGACUGUAGAGAUAAUCUCAACCAGUUUUCACCUGGCAGAUGAGGAUGUGUGUCUUGAGUGGUUUGCCCAGCCCACUCCAUGGCAGGUGCCCAAGCUGGAACAGACUCCUGAUUCCCUAAGUAAAAAAAGCCUUUUUGAGGUUCCUUAUAAGAAGCAGAAGCAGUUAGGAAUCCUGUUCUCUUGUCUCCAGCAUUUACCCUGUAACUUGUAAAUUGUGAAGCAUUCACUUCACAAUUUGAAGAUGUGUUUGAACUUGAUUCGUAUUCCUAGGUGUGGGCAAUGUAGCCCUUCAGUUUUUAAAGGUUUAUUCUAAAUCACAAAUGGAAAAUUGCUUGUUCUGUCAAUCUAAAAUUCAACCAGGACUCCCAAUUCAAUUUGAGUUGGCAUUGUGAGAACAUAACCACAAGAUAUAAUAUGCUAAGUUUAUUACGGUAGUGUGUAAAGUAACUUUUUAUAGUAACUUUUUUAUGUGUUGGCUUUUCAGGAAUAGAAGUUUUACCUCCUAGGUGACCAAACAGUUUCACAAGUAAACCGUCCAGCAAGUUUAAAAAUAAUUAGACCCAACUCAGAGGACGUGGAAUUGCUCCUGUUGAACAAAGAUGUUUAGCGGCUCUAGUGAUGUUGAUGUGAUAAGAACUCGAAUAUCGGCUGGUGAUGAUGAUAACACUUCUCUUUAUGCAUAUGAACCAAAUACAGCAGCUCAUGCCCAUAAUCCUGGAAGUAAUCUGUCUGACAUACCCGGUACCCAAGAGCAACAAAAAGUAGUUCUGGAAGUCCUGAAUCAUUGCCAGGCCAUCCGAGAUGCUAUUAAAAAGCUGGAUAAGAAGGUUGGUGUCAUUAAUGGAAAGGUUACAAAAAUUCACCGUAUUCGUGUGAAAUCAUUGUGGCAAAGUCACAAGCCACUUGGAUUUGCAUACAGAAAGUAUAGUUACCUGCUUUCUAGAAAGACCAAAUUGCAGAAACCAAAGAAGAGUCUUUCUCCCCUUAUGUCGUCACCUGAAAAUAAAAGUUAUAGUCCAACCGUACCAGUAGAAAGGCGAGACAAUGAUUCCUAUAACACUGUGGGAUCACCUUACCAGUCAGAGGAUUCCCUGGGACGGGAUCAGGAAGCAUUAUAUGCGAAUCAGGAUCUGAGCCUCAGCCAGAGUUCCUCGAGCCAUAACUCCUUCUCACAAUCCUAUCGGCCAUAUUACACUUCUGAUAAUCCAGCUCAGGACUACCCUUCCAUGCCCAACUAUUCCAGUGCAGGGCCUCAAGGCACCAACAGGAUCGUCUCAUCUCCCCAAGCUUCCACAGCAGUGUCUACAGACAUAUUGGCCCAAGACAGACCCAGUGCCAUGUGCAACCCUGAAAUGAUAACUUACCCACCUUUACUGGAAAAUAAGAGCCUCAACUAUAGUACUUCAUCUGUCUGCAUCCCGGCUGGCUACCGUGGAAUUGACCUGGGUAUGCUAAAACAAAGCUGUUCUGGUGAUCCGUCAACCUGGUCCGUAGAAGAAGUGAUCCUGUUUCUGAAAUGUAUGGAUCCUCACAUAUUCACCUACCUCGCUGACCUCUUCAGGAAACAUGAUAUUGAUGGGAAAGCUCUGCUACUACUCAAUAGUGACACGAUGACAAAGUACUUGGGGCUUAAGCUAGGGACAACUGUGAAGUUGUGCCACUACAUCGAAACGCUUAAAGGAGGAAAAUAACCAUUAAAAAAAAUUUGUAUAGAUUUAGAUUGGACUUAAUUCUAGGAAGACCAAUGCCAUCUUGGUGUAAAAUCAUUUUUCUUUCCUUAGACGUUUUCGUUGUGUAGAAGGUUCCUCUAAAAAAUACGUUAUAUCCAGAAUUGUAGAACUACAGUCCAGUCCAGUCUACUUCUUUAGAAACCAUGUAACAUGUUAGUAUUACCAUAUUCACAUUGGCAGUUUGUUCUCUAGGUUUUUUUUAUUAUUUUAUCGUACAGUUGACAAAUAUAGUUCAUGUAGGAAACAGAAAAACACCUUUGAUUUCAGUUAACGUUUAUAUAUAAAACCAAAACAGCUAAAUCUAAAGGGGAAAGAUCAGGGAUUGACAAGUUCUCUAAUGAAUAAUCCAUGAGAAGCUUUCCUUAGAAGAGAAUUUCAAGAUGCAACUGUAGAUGCUGUCUCUUUCUCAGAUAGUGUGUAUCUGUUACUGCAGUGUUCGUUUCGUGUUCUACCGGUUUCCAGAAGCGGAAUGGCCAUAUAAGUUAUUUUCCUUUUGUUAUUAUUUCUCUGUUGUAUUCGUUCCUAUUUAAAGAAAAAAAAGCAAGCUUACAGACUUUCAUAAAGUAUUCUUAGCAGUUUUUCAAAAUUAUAGAUAGAAUGGUCAUUUUAUUCAAUAGAUAUACUACAAGGGUUAUAUGGGUGUGGCAUCUGAUUAUAUAUUCUUUUCCACUAAAUACCUUUUAUUUUAAAACUUCUAAUAUUUUAAUAUUAAAGAUUUAAUAUUUUGCCUAAGCUCAGAUGUUUAACUCACAUCUCUUUAUGAGGAUACCUAUGUCCAAAUUUUUAAAAGGUUUUUAUUGUCUGUGUGUAUUUCUCAUAUGGACACUGUUUCAUAUAUUAUUCUAUAUCUAAAUCUUUUCUUUUUGAAUUUAAAAUGUUACUUUGCACUUCUACAGAGGUAAAGAUUAAAAGUCUAGGUAUAGUGAGAUGUUUUUACGCUAUAAAAAAUACGCACAUCACUACGUCUCAGCUCAUUCUUCAGGGUUUCCAUACCGGGAAGUUCUCUGUCUUGUGCAAUAUUUCUAGUUAAUUUGCUUUCUGAGCCAUUUAUCCUGCUAAACUUCAGAGGGUACAUUCUGAUUUGUUUGGGACUUUAUUUUGAAAAUUAGAACUUUCAGGGCCAACCGAGUGGCUCAGUUGGUUGGUUCCCCAAUUGCCCACUGAAAUCUUUUUUAAAAAAAUUAGAACUUUUAAGCAAAACAUGUUCACUAUUUGUUAUUUAUUACAUUGUUAUAUUGUAUAAAAGUUGUUGUAAUGUUUACAAGCUAUGAGAACUGGUGCUAAGUGUAUUAGCCAUUUGUUCUAAGUGCCAGUAAAAUGUUCAUCAGGGGCCAGAAUGUACAUUUUCUUUUUCGAAAACCAAGUGUCCUUUAUAAACACAUACAACUGUUUACUGAGCAUAUGUGAUCUGUAGAGUGGUUUUCUAUAUAAUAUUUAUUGCUUUUUGUGUUAUAAAGCAAGAUUCUAAUUUGCACUUUUAUUUUAUUUUUUUAUUUUUUCUUCUUGUAGAAUAAUUUGUACUUUCAAUCUUCUCUCAAAUUGUUUGUGUGAAGAUGCUGUGCCCAGUUGAACAGUCCUCAGGUGUUUGUAUAAAUACGAUGUUUUACGGUUGUCAGAUUUUAAAAUAUAAUAAAGUUAAA